GCGCGACCUCUGCGCGGCAGCAAGUGAUUUUUAAAAUGGCGGCUUCCAUGAGGGACGGCAUGAAUAUUGCCAAAAGAAUACUUCCUCUGGUGAUUCGGAGUAAAACUAGACAUUAUGGAGCUGCCUCGUUUUCCAGAAGUUUUAUCAGUGGUAGUGAUUCUGUGAGGAGUGUGCCUCCUUUCUUAAGCAGUAGGCCUAUACCUCGAUGUGUACAUACGUCAUCUUCUCUGUAUACUGAGCAGGCUGAGACAUCCAACCAAACAGAGGAAGAAUCUCUCCAUAAUAUCAUCCAAGAUGUAGAGUCAGUGGCUGGAUCCGCACAUAAACAUGAAUUUCAAGCUGAGACGAAGAUGUUACUUGACAUUGUUGCCAAAUCACUUUAUUCUGAGAAUGAGGUUUUCAUCAGGGAACUCAUUUCCAAUGCAAGUGAUGCUCUGGAAAAGUUACGUUACACAUCAUUGACUUCUGGGUCAGGGGUCAGUCAAGGCCUGCCUUUAGAGAUUCACAUAGCAACCAAUCAAGAAGCUGGAACCUUCACUAUUCAAGACACUGGGCUAGGAAUGACUCAACAAGAAAUGAUCAACAAUUUGGGAACUAUUGCUAGGUCAGGAUCCAAGGCCUUCCUUGAAGAAUUGAAUACAGAUGAGGAAGUUGACUCAACAAGUAGUGGCAUCGUUGGUCAGUUUGGGGUUGGUUUUUAUUCUGCUUUCAUGGUUGGAGAUCGUGUAGAUGUUUAUUCCCAAUCUCAUCAGUCAGAUUCUCAAGCUUAUCGUUGGACAUCUGAUGGGACGGGUAACUAUGAGAUGAAUGAGGCAGAGGGAGUCCAGAAGGGUACCAAGAUUGUGAUUCAUUUAAAGAAAGACUGCUGGAGAUUUGCCAUGGAGGCAGACGUUAAAGAAAUCAUCAAUAAACACAGUACGUUUGUUGGUAUGCCUAUCUUCCUCAAUGGCAAGCUAAUGAAUACAACACAGGCUCUGUGGACCAAGGAUUCAAAGGACAUCAGUGACCAACAACAUGAAGAGUUUUAUCAAUUUCUGACCCAUAACUCCUACGACAAACCUCGCUACACUCUGCACUAUAAGACUGAUGCUCCACUUAGUAUACGUAGUUUAUUCUACAUUCCGAGUAGACCCCCUGCAAUGUGGGAGAUGAGUCAGGACCACUCAGGGGGCGUGGCUCUAUAUAGUAGGAGGGUUCUCAUCCAACAGAAGUCGGAUAAAAUCUUGCCCAAGUGGUUCAGAUUUAUACAAGGUGUGGUGGAUAGUGAAGACAUCCCAUUGAACUUGAGCCGAGAAUUGCUGCAGGACAGCGCCCUCAUAAGAAAAUUGAGAACGGUCAUCACAAGUCGGCUUGUACGUUUCUUGCUCGAUCAACGUAAGAAAGAUGUCGGGAUGUAUGAGCAGUUCUUCACAGAGUAUGGAAUGUUUUUAAGAGAAGGAAUAAUCUCGGCAAAUGAGCAGGCAGAAAAGGAAGAAAUAGCUAAGCUACUGUGCUUUGAGUCAUCAGCCCAUCCUUCAGGUCAGCUGACUACUCUUCAGGACUAUGCUGUACGUAUGAAAGCAGGACAGCGCAAUAUGUACUACAUCUGUGCACCAAGUCGUGAGUUAGCGGAAUCCUCUCCCUACUAUGAAGCCUUUAAGACUCAGGAUCAUGAAGUCUUAUUCUGUUAUGCUGAAUAUGAUGAGCUGACUAUGCUUCAACUACGGGAGUUUGAUCGCAAACUAUUAACAUCAGUAGAGAGUGAGAUGGCAGCACCAGCGACAAAUACUGAAGAAGCAGAAUCACAAACAGUGGAAGGCAGUUUGUCUGUUGAGGAAACAGAUUCACUUACUGCUUACAUGACAGACGUCCUCGGCUCUAAGGUUACCAAUAUCAAGGUAAGCUAUCGUCUGGCUCACCAUCCAGCAAUGGUGACUGUGGCUGACAUGGGAGCAGCACGUCAUUUCUUGCGUACAGCUCUAAAGAACCGGAGUGAAGAAGAAAAACUGCAGUUACUUCAACCAACCCUUGAGCUCAAUGGAAGUCAUGCCAUUGUACAGAAGCUUUUCAACUUGAAAACUAAAGAGCCGGUACUAGCUAAGCUACUGGCAGAACAGGUUUAUGACAAUGCAAUGAUAGCCGCUGGACUGGUAGAUGAUCCUCGACCUAUGCUGGGACGUCUCACAGCAUUCAUGGAAAAAACACUGGAAAAAUACUGAAAGGGCCUGUCAAAUCAUGAAUACAAAGAAAUGUCCAGUCCAACCACCUCUUUUCUUACCAAUAAGCCAUUUGUGAGUUAGAUUUGAAUAAUGUCUGGUACAAUGACUCGCUUAGUUACAAUUUACU